ACACCAUUCUCAUCACAGUCCAAUUACAUACCCGAUCACUAUAAUCACCCAACGGUCGAUACGCCACGUGUCAUAAUCAUCACCAUCUAUAUAUAAUAACAACAACUCUUUAUCUCUCUGAUAUUUUCUUCUUUUUUUUACAGAACACAACACAACACCACUCUGUUUUGUUUUGUUUUAAUCAUCACCAUGGCCACUGAUAGAGAGAAUCUACUCUCAGAUGAUUACGAUGAACCGGCGGCGUUUUGCGGAUGUGGGUAUUUUCGUAAACUCUGUGUAGUCCGGUGGCGGCGGCGAAAAGGAGGAGACGACGAGGAGGCGCGUCUCGAGCAUCGCAGUCGGAGCAGUGGAUGGAGCGGUGGUGGCUCUUUGCAAGAAGAAAGAGGGGGAAGGUGGGAGAGUGGGAAACUUAAGGGGCUAAAAGAGAUUUCUGAGAAAAUCGCGGGGCCAAAGUGGAAAAACUUUAUAAGAAGUUUUAGUAACAGCAGGAAGAAGAUGAGGAGAGAUGUUGAUUUCACUUAUGAUCUUAAAAACUAUAGUCUUAAUUUUGAUGACGGCGGUUGUGGUAGUAGUGAAGAUCCUUCACCGGAGAGGUUUGUAGCUCCGGUUGUUACCAAAGUUUGAUUUUUUUUUUUGUAAUGUUUUUUUUUUUAUCUUUAUGUUAAUAUAAAGAUACCUAUGGGGUUAUAAUUAAAUUCGUAAUGAAUUAGGUUCUAACUUGGUGUUCAAUCGCCACUAAUUAAAUUCGUGAUUGGCCAUUUGGGUAGCUAUAGUUUAAAUAGUUAGUAAACAGAAAACAGUAACUUAGUUUUUUUUUACUGA